UUUGACGAUCAGACCUUUCGCAGAAAACGAACACAUAAAAGCCAAAGUAACRGUUCAGAGGAGGUGGAUCAUCACCAGAUUGUUGGCAGACAGGAGGAAAUGUUCUCUCUCAGGGGUUUUGUUGUUUUCCUCUCCUUGACAAUUGUCCWKGUUGUCAACUUGAGUCAUGGAUCUGAGAUCAUCAAUGGAGAAGAAGUGCAGCCACACUCGCUGCCUUUCAUGGCUCUGCUGGGGUCAGACGAACCAUUCUGUGGAGGGACUUUAAUCCAUCCAAGAUGGGUCCUGACUGCUGCACACUGCACCGAAAUUGAGACAGCGACUCUGGGGGUGCACUCUAUCAACGGAGGAAAUGAAUGCAAAUACAGGCAGGWCCGAAAAGUGAUCGGACGCUUUCCUCAUCCCUACUAUGACCCAAAUACGAACCAAAACGACCUCCUGUUGCUCCAGCUUGAGGAGCCAGUGAAGCUUACCGAAUGGGUCAACGUUCUGAAGCUGAAUCCUUGUGCCCAAGAUCCAGAACAUGGAACCGUUUGUCUGGUGGCUGGAUGGGGAACAACAGACUAUGAAGAGGGAAUAAUGUCCGACGUCCUGAUGUCUGUCAAUGUGACUGUGGUCGGCAGAGAGAAGUGCAACUCUGCUGAUUAUUACCACAAUUCAAUCUACCCUAACAUGAUGUGUGCUGGUUCUAAUGGUGAUAACGUUGCAGAUACCUGCCAGGGGGAUUCUGGAGGGCCGAUAAUWUGUAACGGAGCUCAGGUUGGAGUUACUUCUUUUGGAGCAGGAUGUGGAAUAAUACACAAACCUGGGGUGUACGCUUUGCUCACAGAAGACCAACACGACUGGAUCAAGAUGACGAUGAAGAUGGCUCAAAUACAAUGAAUUUAUUCAUCUGAAUGAUGCUUAACCUUUUGCUCUCUGCUUGUUCUGCCUUUCUUUGCAUUUAUUAAUAAAUCUUAAGUUUAUGCAAUAAUA